AUCCUCUCCCGCUUUGGAUGCUGAGCCUGCAACGUUGGACAAGAAAUAAAUAAUAAAAGCCUCGCUUUGCUCCAGCCGGCGGACGCAUCCUUUGGAAGGGAAGCGAAUAAAAGAUCCCAUUUUAUCUCCUCCUGAACGACAGAGGAACUUUUGAAAGUCCAGGGUAGGAUACACAAGAGAUCUGUGGUCCAGGUGCACAUGCCAACUUUCACAAGACUUCUUGUCAAGAAGAGAAAAAAAGGGAGAAAGACCUGAAAAGACAGAAAACUGGCCAUCCUGAAGGCUGCUCCAUUCCACAAUCAGAGAGAGCAUGAAGACAAGUUGCAAGUCCACUCGCCUUCCAGUUUGAACAAAGAUGAAAUAGCAUGGGUCCUCUACUAAUCACCAUAAUGCAGAUAUUGGCAUUGUGAAGCUUUCAUCCCCUUCUCCAGGCCCAACCCAACCAAUCCCCACUUAAGUUUAUUUUUUCUUGCAUCUAUUCUUGUCUCCCUUUCUCCCCAAAUACACAUCCUCUUUCCCCAUAUGCCCCUCACAUAUUUUUUCCCUGAUUAAGGCUUUCCUUCUCUGUGUUUCUUUUCACCGCCAUCAUGCAAAGUGCUUCUCCCGUCCCCACCCUCCUCCCUCUCAUUCUCCCCUCCCUCUUAUUGUUGUCCAAUUUCCCCAACAUGGUCAGAGGGGACUGCUGGCUCAUUGAAGGGGACAAAGGCUAUGUUUGGCUGGCUAUAUGCAGUCAGAACCAGCCGCCCUAUGAGACUAUACCCCAACACAUCAACAACACGGUGCAUGACCUGAGACUGAACGAGAACAAGCUGAAAGCUGUGCUUUUCAGCUCCAUGUAUCGCUUUACCAAUUUGACGGACCUCAACCUCACGAAGAAUGAAAUCAGCUAUAUAGAGGAUGGCGCCUUUGCAGGACAAGCAAAUCUCCAGGUCCUUCAGCUGGGCUACAAUAAGUUGACCAACUUAACUGAGGGUAUGAUGAGAGGACUUGGCCGCCUUCAGUGUCUUUUCCUGCAGCAUAACCUCAUUGAGGUGAUUGCCAACAAUGCAUUCUGGGAGUGCCCCAGCCUCAGCAGCAUUGACUUGUCAUCCAACAAACUUACACGAAUUGACCCCUCCACAUUCACAGUUCUAAAUCGACUAAUGGUGUGUGAACUGGCAGCAAAUCCAUUCCACUGCGGUUGUGAUCUCUACAGCUUCCUCACCUGGUUGGAGUUCUUUAACAAUGUGUCACACACUUAUGACCGCCUCCAGUGUGAGACACCGCGGGAAAUGUUUGGCUAUCCCUUACUCAGCCCCGUUGCUUCUGGCCAUGCCCUUCGGAAUGCCAAAAACAUACUGUACCAUCACUGCCGAGAUGGUGUGAUGAUUGGCGGCAUGACGUCUUUGCCCCCUGAUCUGGAGGGCCCAUCUGGGAUUGGGUCAGAAAUGUUUGGUGGCGUGGGGCCCUACCACCAACCUACCACUUCCUCGUCAUCUGCAGAGAACAACCUCAGUCCCAAAAUCAUACUCGAGCAUGUCACUUUGUCAUCGGCGUCUCUUGUUGUGAAGAUUCCACGGCCUUACAGCAAAAUGUACAUUCUAACACAAUACAACCAAACAUUUGUUUCUGAUGUGAUGAAUCUGAAGAACACAAAGGAGAGGAUCACUCUCAACAAGCUCAAGCCUCACAACAAUUACACCUUUUGUGUAGCAUCCAUCAGCAAAUCUCAGCGUUAUAACCACACCUGCCUCAAUUUCACCACCAAAGGACAAAGCCAGGAUGUUCUCCCCUCCACCACUACUCACUACAUCAUGACCAUUGUUGGCUGCCUUUUUGGGAUGCUCAUUGUUUUAGGAAUUGUCUACUAUUGUCUUCGAAAGAAGCGAAUGCACGAUGAAAAGAAGAAGUCCAUCUGUGUUAAGAAAACGAUCUUAGAAAUGCGCUAUGGGCCAGAGGUUGCGGCAGCCGUGGCAAAUGAUCCAUCAGCCGUCCACAAGCUUCAGGAGCAAUCCAGAGAACAUCAUCAAUAUCAGCACCACCACGGGGGAAAACUGUCAACAUCCUCUAGCUCAGGAAUGCUCCACUCGGCCAACACCACCUCCUCCAGGCUUUCAUCUAUCCCUCAAGUGGAAAAGAUGGCGACCGCCUUCUCUGAAGCCCUGGCCACAAGCAAAGGAAACUACAUGGAUGUGAGAAGUGCAGGAGGUGGACGGGAGAGAAUGGGAGAUGGUGGACAUCUUGGCAUGAGAGGGGAUGACUUGAGAGAUGAGGACGGGACUGAUCCUGGAGAAGACUCUGAUGAUGAUGGACAUGGUUCCGCCUCAGAGAUCUCAACGAUUGCAAUGGAGGUAGACAAGGUGAACCAGAUCAUUAACAACUGCAUUGACGCACUGAAACUGGAUGCAGCAGCAGUUGCAUCUUCGGGUGCCUCUGCUAAUCACACAGGCUCCACUAGUCCCACUUCCCCUCCACCUACAAGCACAUCUUCCCUCACUCCCAGCCUGAUUCCUCUGUCACCAGGUGUGACAGAGACAUGUCAGGUCAUUGCUGCAAACAAAAUCCCCCCUCCUCCUCCACUCCCUGCCUUGAAUGCCCCACUUUCUGAGCGACCAGGAAUAAGUGGUGGAGGUUUUGUUCUUAGUCCCCCAUACAGGCACCCACCUCCAGCCACUGCUGCUCGUCCAGUACAAAGGCAAAUGAGUGCGGACGCAGCAGUGGUUAUUGUAAAUGCUGUGAAGAAGCAGAGCAGCACCACCUCUUGUGGCUCCACUGGUCGGGACAGAGAACGUGGAACGUCGAGAGUCUACAGCCUGGACGUUCCUGAACCAAGAAGUCCAGACGGCUGUAAUCAACAGCAACAACAGUACCAAGACCGAGCCAGUCCCGUGGGCUGCAGGGAACCCCUGGAUAGGCUGCCCUUAGUGGGGACUGGGAGCUGUGGUGGAGGGGGUGGUGGUUGCGACAGUGGUGGUGUUGGUGCUCAGCAUCAGGACAGCCAGAAGUCUCACCACUACCAUCAACAACAACAACUGCAGCAGCAGCAGCAGCAACAACAGCAGCUGGACGUGCAGCAGGACUACCACUGCUCGGAGCACCGCCACUCCGUCCCAGCUCUCUACUACCAAGGGUCCCACCAGGGCUCCCCAGCUCAGAGAGUUUCGUUCCUCAAACCCCUGACGCGUUCCCGCAGAGACGCAGCCUCCUAUUCCCAGCUUUCGCCUGCUCGCCACCACUCCAGUUACUCUGGAUACUCCUCCAGCCCAGAGUACUCCUCAGAGAGCUCACUGAGGAUCUGGGAGCGUUUUCGUCCAUACCGAAAAGGCCCGAGAGACGAGGCCUGUUAUGUGACAGCUGGAAACGCUCUUCGAAAAAAGGUGCAGUUCGCUAAAGGUGAGGACCUGCAUGACAUCCUUGAUUAUUGGAAGGGUGUAUCUGCUCAGCAGAAACUGUGACUGAGAACAAAAAGAUGAGAAGUGUUAAAAAAAAAGUGUGGGUACUUCCUUUUCUGAUCAGCCUGUGGGCAACAGAGAGUACUUGAACACUGCAGGAAGAGAAAAUGUAAGACAAAAAAUAUGGCCUUUUGUUUUUUCUUUCUUUCUUUUUUGUUUUAUAAUUUCAUUUGUUUGUUUUCUUUGGCAUGCUAGCUGUAUAAGAUAUUGUGCUAAAAGAUAGUACUGUGAAACUGUGCCUGGGAUCAGAGAGUCAUAACAGUGUUUUAACUUCACACUUCAUGGUAGCAAUUCUUUUGGAAAUACUUCAGAAUAAAGGCCACCUUCUACCCUGCAAUAAAUGUGUAGGAAUGCGAGCAUUUUUUCCUGAAAUUUGAAAUGUACUUAUAUGUACAAGCAUUGUUUGUACAAUAGAUGGACAACCUAAAGGAUGACAGGAUGAAUACUGAAAAUCUAGGUUAUGGCAGAGGGGUGGCCGUGGUGCAGAGGUAAAGUGAUCGACCUGUGAUAGGAAGAUUGCAGGUUUGGUCCCACCAUGAGUCAAAGUGUGCUUGGGCUAGACACUGAUCCCCAAUUGUUCCUGGUUGUUAUUGCCACCAGUGUAUGGUAGUGGAGCCAGUAUCAUGGAUGAAUGGGACUGGGUCUUCAAGCAGUGUAGAAUUUACCAUUUAAAGAUAUUUCCUAACUAUUGGGUAGCUUUCUCAUAAUUAUAGGGUACCGUCUAUAGAAUGACAAUUUAAAAAUAGUGUUAUUAAAAGAAGUAACUAACUUAGAUUGAAUAUUUUCACGUUUGAGAUAUCCAUAACCAUACAGGCAUUAAUUAUUGUAGGUAAAUCUUUGAAGAAAGCUUUUAAAUAUAGAACAACUUAGUAAUUUCUCCCAUUUAUGGGUACAUUUUAGCAGAAUCAGAUGUUCUGUAUUUCAUGGGAGUACUGAUCAUGUUCAUUGAAAUCAUUAGAGACCACACCCCCAACUGUCAAGUUGAAACAGCUGCUGUGAGCCUAAAUACUUUCCAACUCCAAUAACGAUUAGACAGUAAGAUUUUCUGCAGGGUAGAAUUGUCUUUCAUGACCUGCAUUAUUACCCUGUCAUUUUAUAGGCUGGUACCCCAUAAUUGAGAAGUAGUUACAGAGUAUAAAAGAACAACGAUCUAGAUUUUCUCUAUGUAUUCCCCUGUAUCCUUCAGUUUUUCCACUUCUUUGUUCCUACAUUUUCACACAUCCGUGUAAACAAUAUAUAAAUUGCCAUAUUGAUGAAGUAAGUACGGGGUAAAAUGUGGCCCUUGUUCUCAAGUGUAACCCUUCUUUUUGUUCUUGUUAGUGUUUGUGGGUUUCAUAUUCUCUACAGGGAACAAAUGCCAAUAGUGUAAUUAAAUACUCUUUCAAGCGAUCCCACUGACCCGUUUAAUUAGUGCCAUGCUUCAUCUCAAGCUUUAAGGUUGUUUGAUCUGAGAUGUUUCCUGUUGUACCCUGCUUACAUUUGAAGUUCACGUGUGUACAAAAAUGGGUUUCGAUGACACAGUAGUUGUGAGCGCCACGGUAAAACUGGUAAUUGUGAAGAAUUUAAGCGUUUAGCAAUUACAGUAUGUUAGAUUUUGAGCCAGAGGAAUUUGUUUAAUCAAAGCAAAAAAAGAGAAAAUGGGGUGUGGAGCAUAAAAUAAAUCAUAAGGAGCUGAUGAGUAAUAAGACUUAAAUCAAAUAUUUUUUUUUUCUUAGUGGAAAAAGAUAUAAAAAGGCCACUUUAACCACAUUCCUGAAAGACAUGUUCUUGCUUUCAAUUCAAUUGUCUUUGUGGUUUAAAGAAAGUACAGAGAGCAAUCAACCUCCUUUAGCGCACAGUUAAUGUUUUUACCUCGAUAAAGAUUGUAUCUUAUCUCUAAACGUGAGGAAUAUGAAAUUAUUUCUGUUUUUAUCUAAGCAAGAACAGAUGAGGUUCUGCGUUUGCUGAAGGGGUUUUUGUCAAUAAGUAUUGCAGAAGUCAAACUAUUACUGGCAGUUACAUUUUCUUUAUUUAGCUUAACAUUUUCUACUUUAUUGAAUAUUGAGCUCUUUCAUUUGUAGUUAUUUAUAUUGAUUCUAAAAAAUAUGUUGAAUAAUAACCACAUCCUGACUAUACAGAUAAAAUUUACAAGAAAAAUCUUGCAUUUAUGUCUUGGAAUCAUUUCAAUUUUCUCAUAAAUUGUUAUCCAGCCCAUUUUUUUUUCAUCUUCAACUCUUUGCAAAGAGUUAUAAGUUCGUGUUUUAAUAAAGUUUUCCUUCGUUGCAUUUUUUGCUUUUUGAAACCAUAUCUAAAAGAUUUCUCUGUUCUCCCAUCUCGGCUUGGAUGAGUGAUGUUAUUUCCCCCCUCCUUUCUGCACACGCACCUCAUUAAUGAGGUUGCACAUCAUUUCCAUUCUCUACUAUUAAACAAAAUAGGGCACAGUGGGAGGGGACUCUUCUGAUUACUGCCAGUGUGUCUGUUAUGUAAUGGAAAUGAAUGCCGUCGUUGUCUAAAACUGAUAACUUAAUUAACCAACGUGUGACAGGCAUGUCCGCUUGCACUUUAUGCCUCAUGAUUAUGUUUGUGGUACACAAUGGUCGUUGUAAGCGGGUGUUGGCAUGCCUUGUCAGAAUAUAUUGUGUAUGCCCUAAAAACUGACUUAAAUUUAUACUUGUCCAUCUGUCUGAGGUUGAGCGGUACUAGAAUACUAAUGGCAUGUACAAAUGUACAGAUGUCAAACAUGUUCAUUAUGUUUUUUUGUUUUUUUUUUAAAUUACAAGUGAGGUUGAAGGUUACCUACUUGUCUUUAAUGAUAGUUAACUGUGUCUGCAGUUAAAUUCGCCAUCAUCAGAGAUAUACUGCCCUUAAAAUGUGAAUUAGUGUCCUUUGCUGUACAUUUUUGUCCGAAACACGUUUCCCAAUACCUGCCCUGCUCCCAGAGGUCCAAUGAAACAAAAGCGUGGCAUGAGCAGGUCGUUAAGUAAAAUUUGCUCUGUUAGCAUUCAUGCAAGCUGGUUUGCCUAAAACAUUUAUCAAAUUGACUUUUCUUUCUUUUACACAAUCAUCACUCGUGUUUAUUUCCCUUUUUGUUUUCUCUUUUACAGUUGUUUUUUUUGUGUGUGUGCUACUAAUUAUUGUGGAUUCAUGCUUUUUAAAAGAGAAAAUAUGCAAAAUAAUGCAAAAGUCCAUAUUAAUAGAUGCAUAUUUUACUUUGCAUUUGCGGUAGAAAACACAUUUGUCCCUUUCAUUUUGAUUCUGGCUAAAUCUAGACGGUCAUGCUCAGAGGUUGCGUCUCUUGGAUUCAGUGUUCAGUUGUUGCAUCAGUUAAGGUCAUGGCUGCUGUGUUUACUAUGUCCUCUGAACAUUUUUCUCUUGUAUUUUUUUUCUAAAUAUGUUUUUUUUUUAGAUAAAUGAAUGAAAUCCACCUUAACUAAAACAAACACUGUAUAUUGCUGUUAUGCUUACAUAGCAUUUAAACCCUGGGAUGAAAUCGUGCACUCAACUUUCCACACUCUCGACUGCCACAGUCUGUUUACAGAAAGGACACUGCUCAGAAGGAGUGGAAAGCAAACAUUCAGGAAUAAAAGAAUGCAUUUAGCAACCAUUCACACCCAUCAAGUUAAAGUAUAUAAAACUUGUUUGUUAAUAAGCCCUACUGACUUUUAAUGUCAUAAAUUUUCUAUUUUUAUUUACAUGUAUAAUGUAUUUUCAGGAAAUAAACUUUCAGGUGAUAAAGGUGCAAUGCUCUUCUGCUCAGAGUUCAUUCCUUUGAAUUUACUGCAAAUCUCUCAACUGGGAGUUAAGUUCUAGAUUGAAACUAAUUGUCUUUUAUGUACUUUUAAAGACAAAUUAUAAAACAAUAUAAAACAAAGUCUGCAUAGACCUGAAUUCAAUCAUCACCUGUUUUCUCUUAACAGCAGGAAACUAAUUGCUUCUCAGCUUUUUGUGCUGCUCAUAAACGUACAUCUUAGUGUGUGUUUUUCAAAUCAGUUCCUCCAUAAACUGUCAGUGGAAUAUGGCGCACAGAAAACAAUCAGUUGACUAAAUCCUCAAAGCAUUAGCAAUAAGAUUAUGUAAACAUGGCCCACAAAACAAACUUAAAACAAGGAGAAAGAAUCGGCUUCAUUCCCAGCACGCUGUUUCCCAGCAUCCCUGGAGGGGGGCUUGGUUGAAGAUGGAUGGUCCUUUGCGCAGCACCAUCCCUCUUGUUUGUCUGAGACACAGGAAAGCAAGAUGUGAGAAAGCCAACCACUGUGCAAUUAAUGUUUAAUCCCUUUAUGAAAAAAAAAGCUUCUUUAUGUUGCUUCACUGCAAGGAAAAAAGUCCCAAGACAUUUUGCCAUUUCUAAUCAGCUGAUGCUUAUUGUUGCCCUUUAAAGAGAACUUGCAGGUCCUGUUAUUCACCAAGUAGCCAAUGUUGAUUAUUUUUUCUUGGGAACGCAUUAGGUAGUGGUUUUAUGGGGUUGCUAAGCUGCAAGUGUGAGGCAUCUGUGGGUCCUUGUCUUCAUUAUUGGGCUCAAGCCCCAGAUCUGAAUCGACUCCUCCUUAAUGUUAUUCUUUGCUUCUCUCCUGAAGAUUGUAAGAAUAGUUCUAAAGUGACAUUUUUUUUCUUUGCUCUCUCAAGGGAGAAUUGCAUUUAGUUUUUGUGCCAACAUAUCUUUACUGCCUUUAGGCAGAUUUUGCUUUUAAGAAAAAAGGAUCGAUGUGUUAUGUAAGAAAAGCUUUAAAAGGAGAGAUCAGUUAAAGCUUUGAGGUGUGUAGUGUUCCUUUACAGCAGGAGACUAAAACUAUCUUCACACGUUCAGGCGACCACUUCCAAUGAAAAGUAAAUUUGCGUAAAUACAUUUGUCGGGGCUUCCAUUUUCACGAAGGUUUCUACAACCAUUUUCAGGCACUACGUACAAAACUUGUGACCAAUGAAAGAAAAGUUAUACUAACUUUGACCAAUCAGGGACGCGGGUUUAGAAGUGACAUAUGGAUGAUGUCCUUUUCAACAAAGUAAGUGUAAACCGUAGACAUUAAAAGUCACAGUUUGAAAUGAUUUGACUCCAAGUCUUUCAUAUAUCAGAAUAGAGCAGUGAAAGUAACAUUUGCACUACUCUGACAUGGCUGUCCAGGGCAGACAUCCGCUAGUAAAUAUUAAAAAGAGAAAAAGUAGAACCCCUCCCUCCUCAUCCUGUUGACCAAUGAGUGUUGGGGCUUUUCUUUUUCUAUAGUUAUACAUUUUGGAUAUUGUUAUGAAAAGUCUGCCAUUUUAGACCAUCUUAUAUAAAAACUAACUAUUAUUAAAAACUAGAAAUUUUUUCUUUAUAGUGAUCUAAGAGCUUAUAUGAUACGAUAAAAACCAUACUUACUGUGUGUCCUUAUUGGAUAUUCUAGCAAAGAUGAAAUAUAUUUCACCAAAAUUCUGAGUGUAAAUUUACACAAAAACAUGAUGCAUUAUGAUUUCUGAGCAGAAGAGCGUUGGAACAUUUUUUUGAUUGAGCCAAGUUGAGAAGGGGUUUGGUUGAAUCCAGUUUCCAAAGACGGGACAAAGGACUUCAAUCUGUGAAAUAUCUGUGAAUUUUGUAAAUUACAUGAGAGAGGAAAAAAAGUACUAUUAAGACUAAAAAUGCUUCAAUGGAUGUUUUAUACUUGAUAUGUCUGUGUAUUUCUCUAUUUUUAGUUGGUUGUAUGUCUCCUUAAGUUUGUUUUGGUUUGGGUGGGGGUGUUUACUGGGAAUCGAGGGUCUGACCUUUAGUACUUUCAGUCAUAUACCCUAUGUUAUACAGGUUUAAGAACAGAGAAAGCUAAACUUAGUGUACAACAAAAAAAGAGGCGUUGUUAUAUUUGCAUGAUUCCCUGUAUUUUUUGAAAGCUGAAACUAUAUUGUUGUGUAAAAUGAGUGGACAUUCAUUGAAAACUAAAACACCAGGGGCUGAUUUGCAGUCUUUUCAAGUAAAUUCCAUUUGAACAUCAAGGUUUUUGCUCUUUCUUUCUCUGUGUACUCGGAUGAUGCUUAUUUUCUUGCCAGCUUUGUUUUUUUUUUUCUUUUCUUCUGCUUUUCUGUCACAUCCUGACACUGCAGUCAUCCGCUGCUCUUCUCGCCGCAGCUGGCGGUAAAGUGCGGUGCAAAAAAGGGGCCGAAUGUUUGAAGCUGGUGGUGGCUUACAUCUCUUUUCAUACAAGUUUACAUAGAUUAUAUUAUGUGACAGAUGCAAGAAGCUGCUAUCGUGGCUCAAGGCGCGCCCCAAACCACAGCUUGUGCAGUCACUUCCAUUUGAUUAAAAUCACAUAACCACACAAGAGGAGUGAUCUAAGGAGAAGCAGGGCCACACUCAGUUCCCAAUCUCGAUUUACGAAAUUCUAAUCUAUCAAUCAGUUUGAGGUCUGUUGUAAAUGAAUGCAGCAUCAGCUCUAAGUUUCCAGCCACUUGCUGUUAGCUAAAUGAGCGAUUGUCAUUCAUCCUCCUCGUGUCUUACAACCUGCUGGCUUUUUCCCCUCAACUAAAUUCACCUCAUUUGUUCCCACUUCUAAAUGAGCCUUUUUAUCAUGUCUUUCAAUCCACUCUUGUCACAUUAAAUUGAACUGAGCUGGAAAUGCCAUUGUGGAGGCAAGAAACUGUCUUUUAACAACCAUGUUUUCUGCAUUAUAGGGCACACCAGAUUAUAUCAUCAAUACAUGGUCUUUUUUCUAACUUAUACAUGAGGCACACCGAACUAUAAGGGCGAAAUAAAAGUCAGAGAUAAGUCCGCACUACGGUGCCAUGUACCUCUCAAAUACACUUCACAUCCGUUAACACAACCAGAAUUAAUCUACAUAUAAAGCUCUCCAUAUAAUAAUUAAGAUUUUUAAGUAUCCCUUUUAGUGUAGUAAAAAAUGAUACAUGAAAAUCAAAUAUAGAGAAUUAAAUCUGAAUAUUGACCCAGAACAGAGGAGACAAAACGAAUUUCAAGAUGACUAAGGAGUUAAACCAGGUUUACAAUAUGUAUCCAUUUCAACAGCAUGACUGACAAAUUACUUUUUCCAUUUGAGUAUUUUAUAAUACAAGCCACAAGUCAAAGUCAUGUAAAUAUUUGCUAUGAUAAUUCUCUGACUUCCCAAAUACGUUAUUUGUGGUACAAGCCUUUGCCACGGCUGAAGGAUGUCUCCUUUGUCACUUACAAAGAGAAAAUAAAAUGUAUUAACCUCUGAGCAAGGUCAGUUCAUCAUGCUGUCAACAGAGCUGUGCUAUAAAAAGCUCCUAGUCUUUAAAUUUCUCUUUGAAACAAAUGUCCUUUAAUCAGCUAAAGCAAGUAUAACAUAUAGCUCUGCAGGCUAAUCUUUAAUUUAGAGGUUUUGUGUCUCCAGGGCUGGAGAACCUUUUAAAAGUCCCACAGCUUCAGAUCUACACACCUUUCAGUUAGGUCACUGGGAGUAUUUUCUGCCCUCUUAAGUAUUGGUUGGAAAGUCUUAAAACUCAAUGUAAUUCCUUGUUCGUUUUAGAGCUUGAUGAUGGGAUCUCAAACCAGACAGCUUAGCAACAUGGUUGCACUUUUUUUAAAAUGCCACCAAGAAGGGGGAUGUCGUGACUUACUGAAGUAAUAAGAUUACUGGCUGAUUUAAUCAUAUGCUAAUUCUGUCUUGGCCUCGCAGCAACAAAAUAAUUCAUCAUUUAUGUUGAUCGCGUACAAUGCAGAAACUUCAUGUGACAAGUUUGUGUCUGUGAAAACAGCUGGAAUGAUCACUGUUGCGUGAAAUCCAAUGUGCUGCAGUUGUGCUCUCUUCAGAUGGAAAUUGACUUGCCCCUCUGGUUUCAUCCGGUCACAUGUGAGACCAAAAGUGAAAAAAAAAAACCAAGGCAAAGGUUCGGAUGGGUGCAGACAAAUCUCGGCUUUCUGCGUUUCUCUGUCAGUCGGUUGCUUUUGCUGACAUUUUUCCCUUUGAGUUUUCUGUACAAAAGAUCAAUUUAUAUAUUUGCAAUACAUUUUUUAAUAAAAAUCACAAAAGUGUUGUG